GCGGGCCAUUCAAUCCACACCUGCCCGGAAUGGUGGCGAAGCCACUCCCCCCCUGCCUGGAAAAAGACGUCUGAGUUUACUGAGAUAACGUGAACUCAGCCUUGGUCUGUCAACUCACGCUCUAUAUUUCUUCCCGUGCUAGUGAAGCCGUCGUCUCCUACAUUCGUCAUCCCAGCUUGCAUGAGGAGGUACGCUUUUCCGAUGGUGCAAACCUUUCAACUUGUGGCCCCUCGAGCCAAGAAAAUGUCGGCUGAUAGAGCCAAUCUUGGUGAGAUGCUUUUUAAUGGGUCAGCCAGAGGGCUCGUGCGCCUCCUCGCCGUCCCUGUCCGGCCGCAGAAUCCCCCGGAGACAGCUUCCUCUACGCUGGCACAGGCCCAAAAUAGUCGCCUUACUGCUACUGCUGCCCAAAUGGCCUCCCACGGCGCGGCUAAGGACAUGGGUGGCACCGACGGCCACUUCGUCAUCGAUCGCCCCGUCUCCUUUUCUACGCUUCCUCCCGAAGUGUGUCGACUCAUCUUUGCUUGUAUCCAACGCAUCGACGACGUGAUUUGCCUCGGUCUCGCGAAUCGGUACUUCUGGUCCAUGGGUCGAGAACGCAUGCACGACUAUUAUAUGUCGUUCCUUGGAGAGUUGGCCAAUGAGAAUAUUGUCUGCGUGGGAGAAGACGUCAAGCCGGGCGACUACCCUCCCGGCCUGUUCUCGGCCCAAGAGCUAGACGUAUUGGGUCAAAGGGAGGGCGGCAUACCGGAUGACUGGGACUCUGACUGGGAUGAUGAGGCAUAUUUGAAAGUGCCCUUCACGCUUUACCACUUCACUUUCCUAAGCAUUUCCACCAUGGUAGAAGACGUUUGUCUGUUCAACAAGUCGCUAGCUUUGCUUGGCCACUUCUCCCUCUUGGGCAUCUCCAAGGAUCCCGCUUUCAAUUGCACAUGCCUGGAGAUGCGCGUCGAAGAGGCAACCUACUUCCCCCAGGACCAGCAGUGGAUUCUUCGAAACUUGACGACGAAGCAGCUCGUCCGCUCGGAAGCCAUCGUCCUGAAGCCAGAAUUCAUUCACGGCCCCAAUAUCAGCGUCUUGGGCUUUGGUGAAGUCGUCAUGUCGCGCAUCCGCUGGUCGACAUCCUCAUAUACUAAUAUGAGCGCUACGGUUGAUGUCUCGAGGGGCGUAUGGGCAGGGCACCGCUUCGACAUCACAACGCUCGCGAGACACCAAGACGAGAUCAACGAGGUGGGAUGGAGCGAUGUAAGCGACGAGGUGGCGAGAGAGAUUGCGGUCAUCUGGGAGAGCGAAUACGGUGCCGACUGGCGUGAGACCGUUUGUGAGGACUGGUAUACAAAGUUCGGACGGUCUCUUCGCCCGGUAUCUUGAUUAUUCUGGUCUACUAGUGUUGGAUUCACCAGGGUACCGGUACUGGACUCAACAGGGCGUAGCUACACGCCGAAAACUGGUGGUUCAAGUGAUGGAUUGUAGAUGUCUGUUCUUCUCUCUAGCUUUCUGGCAGUGCCAGAAAGCCCGUUCUUAUACUACUAUUGUGGUGGCGAAGUUGGUGGC